UGUAGCACCUUGUUCACAGUUAUAUAAUACUAUAGAAGACUACGAGUAUAUAGUAACGCCAAUAUAUCUGACAAGAACUUGAUGUAAUCUAGAUCACAGUUGGUGUCGACGUCCUUGAGAGUUUUGUCGAAGCGACCCAGGCUAACAUUGAACCACCAGCCAGAAGUUUUUAGGAUUUACCGCGGCACAUGUCUAUGUUGGGGUAGUGGCUCACAAAUUGUUUUAACUGUUAUUUUGUGGGAUUAUAAAUGCUUCUCGCUGACGAGUACCAUCCUGCCUCCGGUCCUCAAUCACAUCAUUUUGAGAUUUUUGCGGACCCAUACGAGGGUUACUAUGAUUCAAAUCAACUGAUGCCCACAAUGUGUUUUGAUGUGUUUGGUGGUAGUACCAUGAUGGAGGAUGCUAGGUUAGCGGUAGCUUUUUCCCAGGAGGAGUCAUCGCAGUCCUCAUCUGUACUAUAUCCCCAUAUGACUACAUCAUCCCCAUCUCAACAUGAAGCCCUUUCUCGGAGUCCCAGUGUCUCUUCAGAUGGAGGAAAGCCAUUAUUUAAGCCACAGUAUACAGCCGAGUUAGAUGUCUUAUGUCGCAUAUGUGGUGAUAGAGCAUCUGGUUUUCACUAUGGUGUACAUUCAUGUGAAGGUUGUAAGGGAUUUUUCCGGAGAACAUUAAAAAAGUCUUUAGUUUACAAACCAUGCCAAAUGGGAUCACAAUGUAAGAUAGAUAUGGGUACAAGAAACAAAUGUCAAUACUGUAGAUAUCAAAGAUGUUUGAAUGCUGGUAUGUCACAAGAUGCUGUGAGGUUUGGUAGAAUGCCGAAAGCGGAGCGAGAAAAAUUGUUGGCUGAUAAAGAAGAGCUUAUGACUACCUGUGGUAAAAGAAUUGUUGAACUAAGAUCACUUACAGAUCUAAUUAAAGCUGCAUUUAGAGACAUUUUCAUCAACACCAUAUUCUUUGCACGAGAAAACUCAAGGGCUAUGAUUUUUAACCAAUCAGAGGGACAGUGUGUAAAUUAUGAUGACUUAAUAGUGGUAGAAUGUUUGAGUUCUGAAGAAUUUUUUGAAAAAGGAAUAUUUACUCAGUAUCAGGAAUUAAUUGUUCCUGUCUUGGAAGCCAGUGUUAAGUUUGCUAAAAAAUUACCGGGCUUUACCAACAUGUCAAUGGCCGAUCAAAUUUGUUUAAUGAAAACUAAUGGAUUUAUGGUUGUUCAAAUAGCUCUUCAUAUGCUUAUAGAUAAGGACUAUAUUAAUUUUGUGUCCAGAAGAAAUGCUUUUCGACUUAGUCGUCUCUCACCGUAUCUUUGUACGGAGAUUCAGAAAUUACUAGAAAGAACUAUAUGUGUUGGAGAUAGACUACACAAUAUGCAGCUUACUGCUGGAGAAAUUGCAUUAUUUUGUGGAAUUUUAUUAACUUCAGAAUGUCCAGGAUUACAAAAUGUCCACCAAGCCGAACAAGUUCAAAGUGAUUUGAUUGAUGCUUUACGUCUUGAAUUGAAACAUAAUCAUCCAAAAGAUAAACUCAUGCUGCCAAAACUUCUAGUGUUAAUUCCAGACCUGUGCCAAAUAGUUGACGAAUUUUCAAGGAAUCUUCAAAACCAUCUGUUCGAUCACAGUCACAACUUUUCCAGUGUUCAGCCAUUAUUACAAGAAAUAUUUGAUAUCGAGGCGGUCAAAAAUAAGAAUGCUUAAAUCCGACAGAUGUGAGGAUGUACCUGAAGCUGAA